CCACCCGAAAGCGACAUUGUCGAUAAAUCGUAGCUAUCAAAGGCGACGAGGAAGACUCUGUCAGCUCUACUACAUCGUAUAGUACUAUAAGCAGACGACUCUCAUUUCACCAUCAUGCCACCCAUUUACGUGAAACCCGAGAAUGCUCUCAAGCGCUCCGAGGAGCUGUUGGCUCUCGGUACACCCCAGGCGGAGCAGCAGGCGUUCGAAAAUCUCACAGAGGUGUUUCACUCAAAACGAUUUAAGCAGACUGCCGUCUCAACCCUCGAACCCAUUGUCAUGCGUUUCCUCGACUUCUGUGUACGUUAUCACAGCAAGCAGCUGGCCAAAGAUGGACUUCUCACAUUCAAAAACACGGCUCAGACCACAAACAUCCCCUCGAUCGAGAAAGUAAUCACACAUUUGAUCGACAAGGCAGAGACCAAACUUGCGGAAGCCAUGAAACAAGCGGAAACCGAAGUCGCUGCUCUUCCUGCUACCUCGGACAAUGACGACCUUCCCCUUCAACCGAGCGCAUUAUUGCUCGACACUUUCAUCGAUAGUGCGGGUGAUAGAGAAAGGAUUGAGCGUCGUCUUAUCGCCCCCGCUCAGAAAUUCUGCUGGGAUGCAUACGACAUCGCCCUCGACGUCGCAAAGGGAAAUGACCGACUCGAAAUCGUCUACCAAAAUAUCGCUUAUAGAGCUUUCGAGUUUUGCAAGACGCAUCAGAGGAAGAAUGACUUUAGACGUUUGUGCGAGCAACGACUGCGAAAGGACCUCUCGAAUGCCGCUAAAUAUGCCCAUCAACAACAUUCUAUCAACUUAUCCGACCCGGAGACGUUCACUCGUCAUCUCGACACUCGGUUCCUGCAAUUGGAGACGGCUGUCCAGUUGGAAUUAUGGCAGGAAGCCUUCCGCUCUGUGGAAGAUAUCCAUGGUCUUGUGGCAGGGAGAAAGGUUGCAAAACCGAGUAUGAUGGCGACAUACUACGAAAAGUUGACUCAGAUCUUCAAAGCGGAAGGAGGUAAGCAAACCGCCGUCUUUCAUGCUGCAGCUUGGUCGAGGUAUUACCAGUCCGCCGAACGUGCCGGUACGGUCACCGACAAAGCCGCUGGCUGUGUUCUACUCAGUGCUUUGGCCGUACCUCUUGGAGCGGUCGAGACGAAACAACGGCUUGUCUCUCUUCUCAACUUGCCCAAAAUGCCUACCAGAGAAGCACUCGUAUCGGACGCUGCUGCAAAACAUCUUCGGCGCGUUCCUCCCACCAUCCGUCAAUUAUAUCAGAUCAUUGAAGUCGAUUUCCAGCCUCUGAAAGCAUGCAGCAACCUCGCCCCUCUCCUGUCCACUCUCUCUGCCGAAUACGAACCAUAUCUUCCUGCCUUGCGCGAUGUUGUCCUCUCUCGCCUAUUGCAGGAACUCUCGCAAGUGUACGACACCGUCUCCCUUUCCCACAUUUUAUCCCUCGUCAAACCUUUCGAUGGUACUGCUUGGGCCACUGACAUGCCUGCUCUGGAGAAAUUUCUCAUGUCCGCUUGUCGUCAAGGUGACAUCGAUGCCACAGUUGAUCAUGGCGCUCAGUCUAUCAGUUUUGUCGCUCCCAACAGUGACACGAAUCGCCUCUCCGACCUCGCCGUGUGCUUGUACAACACGAUCCAGUAUCUCAACCCGCCCACUUCGUCCAGAGCCGAGGCAUUCGCUGCUGCUAUCGAAGCUGCCGAGGAGGACAAGAAGCAAGCUGCACACCGCCGACAAAUUGUUGUCAAAAGACGCGAGCUUAUGGAAGAGGCCAAGCUGCGGCGUGACAAGGAAGAGUCGACCGCUCGUGCUGAACGUGCCAGGUCGUUGGCUGAGGAGAAUGCCCGACGACUGAAGGAACUGGAACAGGCCAAUGCGAAAGCUCAGCUACAAGAGACGAUCGAAGCGAGCCGUAGAGAAGAGGCGAGAAAGCUAGCUGAGACGCUGGCAGCGAGGAGUGGUUUCAAGGUGGACCUCAAAGCUGUGGAAGAUCUGGACACCAACGAGAUUGUUCAGCUGCAGGUGGAGCAGUUCGCCAAGGAGAAACGGGAGAUGACGGAGAAGAUGCGUAUAGUGGGCAAGAGGUUGGAUCAUUACGAACGUGCUCUGCGUAAGGUGGAGCGUCCUCUAGUAGGAGUAGAUUAUGAACGACAGAAGGAAGAGGACCGAGUGGAGCACGAAAAGGGUGUUCAACAGGCUCGUGAGACUGCCAUCGCGACUCACAAAGAGGCGCUAGAGACGAAAGAGAGAUUGUCGAGAAUGCUACCUGAUUAUCUGGUCGUCAGACAAGCCGUAGAGUCGAAACGUGAUGCCGAGUUCCAGAAAGCUCGUAUGUCCGCGCAGAGAAAGGUGGAGGAGGAGAAGGCCAAAUUCAAGGCGCAAGUGUUGAAACGACGUGCGGAGGAGAAGCAGAGGAGAGAGGAAGAACUUCGGGAGGCAGAGGAAGCUGAGCGACUGGCUCUAGAACGUGAAGAGACUGAACGUGUUGCUUUGGCCGAACGGCAAGAGGCUGAGGAGCGUGCGAAAGAAGAAGCUCGCGUCAAAGCGGAAGCAGAGGCGGAGCGCAAGAGGAAGGCGGCGGAGGAAAGGGAAGCUCAACGUGCAAAAGAUUUGGAGCUUAUUCGUCGUCAACAAGAGAGGGAGAGAGAGGCGGAAGAACGUCGAAACCGUGGUUUGCGUACUGGAUCCCCAUCGGUCGCUCCUACUGCAGCGCCGACUGUCACACCGACGCAGGUCCGACCUGGAACAUGGAGGGAAAGAGAGGCCGCAAAGAAAGCAGAGGGUACGUCUGGUUCUGCCACGGCGUCCCCUGUCGCACCUGCAUCCCCAGCUGCUGGUGCUCAGGUUGCGACGAACGGACCGACGGAUGGUGCUACUGCGGUGUACAAACCUGGCAUGUGGCGCGGUCGUGGGAGAGGAGGGGGAAUGGCUCCUCCCACGGAAGGACGUACGCCGUCUGGAAGAGGAGGGGAGAGAUGGUAGGAGUGUCAGGUAGCAUCAACCAUGUUGGGUAGUGGGAUUGAUCAUGAUCAUGAUGCUGUAUGCAUUGACGGUAUUGUAAUUGG